UAGACGACCUCGUUCCGAGAGGCGCCGCCCUUUCCCGUCCCUCCCCGCGACGUGCCGCGCCACCCCUCACCAGGCCCUCCAAUCGCCGCCGCGCCUCCCCUCACCCCGCCCUACAGCUCGCCGCGCCGCCUUGCUUCGCGGCCUCCUCCCGGUCCACCUCCUUCCCCGAGCCUCCUCUGUCCCUCCCGCCCCUCCUCUGUCUCGGCCGCCGCUGCAUCUGCAAGCAGCAGCACAUUGCGCAGUGUUGACUGCCGUGAGGAAUCGUCUACGUUUAAAUAAAAGUGCGUCGCCGGCGACGGCCAGCGAUCGCGCACGCCGGAGGCAGCUGGAAGGAGGAAAGGGACUCCGGAGAGGAGAUGUUCACGAACGCGCAGCGCCAGGUCGAGCGCACUGGCCGCGGCGGCACCCCGAGAGACCAGUACCUUCAGGAUCUUGUGACCCAGUUCCAGGACUCCACGGAUGAAGAGUACAAGGAGAGGAUUGUUGCAAACUUGUCAAAUUUCGCAUAUGACCCUUAUAACUACGCCUUUAUGCGCCAGCUGAAUAUUCUCGAGUUGUUCUUGGACUGCAUUACGGAACCAAAUGAAAGGCUUGUUGAGUUAGGAGUUGGUGGAAUAUGUAAUUCAUGUGUUGAUCCAGCAAAUGCUUCUGUUAUUACUCAAUGUGGUGGAAUCCCGUUGGUUGUACAAUGCUUAUCUAGCCCAGUUAAGAAUACCGUGAAUUAUGCACUUGGAGCCAUGUACUACUUAUGCAACCCCUCGACAAAGAAAGACAUAUUGAAACCGGAUGUACUUAGGAUCAUAAGAGACUAUUCUGCAGCUGGAGCCGUCAACAGCAGCUUCAGCAAUCUUGCAAAUGCAUUUCUGGACAAGCACGUCAACUGGUGACGUCAGUUCAGGACUGCAGAUGGUAAGGCAUGUAGCAUUUCAUCUGAUAGAGGACAGAGAGGAGAGGCUAUGCAGGAGUUACAAUUCUCUGUCCAUUUAUCCAAGCACAAUAAUUAGUAGUGACAUAAAUCUGGAUUUUUUACGUUCUCUGUGAGAAAUCAGUAAGUUCAUUAGCAUUGAGGUCUUUGUAUUUAUUCCAGACAACUGUAAUUGGUUAGGAGUUGGCAGUAAAAGGAAGGAGGAUAAAGUGCUCCUUUGUCAAU